UUUUGCUGUGUAAUGCAAGUUUCUAGACGAAGUGUAUAGGGGGGGCGGCUUUAAAUGGCUGGGCCUCCGUCGUCUUCUAUCGGCGCGCCGCCAUCCCUUUCGCUGGCAGGAAAUGUUAUGACUUGCUUGCUUUAGGAUUACAAUUGUCGCAGGAAUGCUAGGCUUCCAGAUUUAACUUUCUGGGCGUGGGAGCAAAAGAAGUUCCACAUCGUGGCCAGGACAGGCGAGCAAACAGGUCUACUCUCUCCUGAAAUCCAGACAGGAAAAGGCCCUGGAAAUUCAUAGCUUGCCAUCAGCUUUGCUUCUCUAUGCAUUCCUGGCUCAAGGACUGAACCCCACCAUUGCAAUAUAGACAGAGAGAUACUCAUUUUGAUGCAUAAAAAUGGCCAACGUUACCCAGAUAUCCAAAGAUGAGUUAGAGGAACUCAGAGAAGCUUUUGCCAAAGUCGAUCUCAAUAGCAACGGCUUCAUCUGCAACUAUGAGCUUCACGAACUCUUCAAGGAAGCCAACCUUCCCCUCCCUGGAUACAAAGUGAGGGAGAUCAUUCAGAAACUCAUGAUCGACGGGGACAAGAAUAAGGAUGGGAAGAUCAGCUUUGAAGAAUUCGUUUAUAUCUUCCAAGAGGUGAAAAGCAGCGACAUCGCCAAAACUUUCAGGAAAGCCAUCAACAGGAAAGAAGGGAUCUGUGCCAUCGGCGGGACGUCCGAACUCUCCAGCGAAGGGACCCAGCAUUCCUACUCAGAGGAAGAAAAAUACGCCUUUGUGAACUGGAUAAACAAAGCCCUGGAAAACGACGCGGAUUGCAGGCACGUCAUCCCCAUGAACCCAAAUACAGAUGACCUCUUCAAAGCCGUCGGCGACGGGAUCGUCCUCUGUAAAAUGAUCAACCUUUCCGUUCCCGACACAAUUGAUGAAAGAGUGAUCAACAAGAAAAAACUAACGCCGUUCAUAAUCCAGGAAAAUCUGAAUUUGGCUUUGAACUCUGCCUCCGCCAUCGGAUGCCAUGUAGUCAACAUCGGAGCAGAGGACCUGCGGGAAGGGAAGCCCCACUUGGUCCUUGGCCUCCUCUGGCAGAUCAUCAAGAUUGGCUUGUUUGCGGACAUCGAAAUCAGCCGAAACGAAGCGUUGGCUGCUUUGCUUAGAGAUGGGGAGACCCUGGAAGACCUAAUGAAGCUGUCCCCAGAAGAGCUGCUCCUCAGGUGGGCCAACUUCCAUUUGGAAAAUGCUGGAUGGCACAAGAUCAACAACUUCAGCUCAGAGAUCAAGGACUCCCGGGCGUACUUCCACCUCCUCAACCAAAUUGCACCCAAAGGACAAAAGGAAGGAGAGCCACAAAUUGACAUCAACAUGUCCGGCUUCAAUGAGAAAGACGACUUGAAGAGAGCCGAGUGUAUGCUCCAGCAAGCGGACCGCUUGGGCUGCCGGCAGUUUGUCACCCCGACGGACGUUGUGAGCGGCAACCCCAAGCUCAAUCUGGCCUUCGUGGCCAACUUGUUCAACAAGUACCCGGCCCUCACCAAGCCAGAAAACCAAGACAUCGACUGGACUCUGCUGGAAGGUGAGACUCGUGAAGAGAGAACGUUUCGCAACUGGAUGAACUCUCUUGGCGUGAAUCCCCAUGUGAACCAUCUCUAUGGUGACCUGCAAGACGCACUGGUGAUCUUACAACUCUACGAAAAGAUCAAAGUUCCUGUCAACUGGAACAAAGUCAACCGGCCCCCCUACCCUAAACUUGGAGCAAACAUGAAGAAGCUAGAAAACUGUAACUACGCCGUUGACUUAGGGAAGCACCCGGCCAAGUUCUCCCUGGUUGGCAUUGGCGGGCAAGAUCUCAAUGAUGGGAACCCAACGCUCACACUGGCCUUGGUCUGGCAGUUGAUGAGAAGAUAUACUCUGAACGUUUUGGAAAAUCUUGGCGACGGUCAGAAAGCGAAUGACGAUAUUAUCGUGAACUGGGUGAACCAGACCUUGAAAGAAGCGGGGAAAUCAAGCUCCAUUCAGAGCUUUAAGGACAAGAGUAUUAGCAGCAGUUUGGCAGUUGUGGAUUUAAUUGAUGCUAUCCAGCCUGGAUGUAUAAAUUAUGACCUGGUGAAAACAGGGGAUCUCUCAGAAGAGGACAAACACAGCAACGCCAAGUACGCUGUCUCGAUGGCGAGGCGAAUCGGAGCCCGUGUCUACGCUCUCCCCGAGGAUUUGGUAGAAGUGAAGCCCAAGAUGGUGAUGACCGUCUUUGCCUGCUUGAUGGGCCGAGGAAUGAAGAGAGUGUAAGACGCAGGCGCCAAAACCAAAGCAUCCAAACCUACCCACCCGCCCCACUUCGGACCGAAAUGCUGUUAGUUUAAAGGACUGUCGAUGCGGCUUCAUGCUUGUUCCUUUGUUUUUAAAGAAGGGACUCUCCAUUUUGCUUUGCAAGGUGGGAGCAUGGCGAGACUUUUCUGAGCGACCAGGAGCCUAAAAAACAACCAAAAUGCUUUUCUUUCCUCCCCAAACAUCCCCAGAGAUUUUAAAAAGCAGUUUCUCAAGAGUGCAUUUCUAUGUCUUCCAACCAAAGCAUCCUUUUUUCUCCUUCCUGGGAUACUCUUGUUUUUUGAUGCCGGAGGUGGCUGGCAUCCAUUUUAAUAGGGACACAUCUCAUUCUUCUGCCUUAAAACCACACGAAGGAGGCCUGUUUUUAAAAAAUUGUCCAAGGUGUUGUGAUGUGCUUGCGUUUUUCUCAAGCUUGACGCAAGAGCGGUGACCAAAGCUGGGUAGAUGCAACCCGUGACAAAAAGGAAAAUGCAACAUCUUGGCUAAAACAAGCCACGUUUUGCAGCCGGUGUAAUAAAUGAUGCAAACUGGACGAAAUUGCAUAUUUUCUAAUGUUAUGCAUAAUUUAAUCCUGCAGUUUUCAAACUAGUUUGCAUCCUCUAUUCAGCAUGGUUUUUAAUCCUGGGAAUCUUAUGCUGACUAGGAAUCACAGAUUUUUUAGCUGGCGUCGCCGACGCAUACUUUCAAAUCUUAUCUUUUCCUAAUCCGUGAGGGUUAGGAAUUUUUUUGUUUUUAAAGGAAGACCUUCAAACUAUCAGGAAUAUAUAUUCUGUGCCUGGAUAUCACAUUCUUUGUUUCUGGGAAACGGCAGCAAAUGCCAGGGAUGCCAUCGUGGGGUGGGCAAAAUGGUACUUUCCAAAGAUCGGCCUUCCAGCAGUAUUCUCCAAAACGUGGUGCUGCUUUUUCCUGUACAGCUUAACAAUAUAUAUUUUUUGGAUUACUUUACAGACAAAAAGGUAUAGUAGGUUUUAUUCUAUUUUUUAUUGUUUUGGCUAAUUUCCUUUUUUUUUUUUUUUUGUAUUAACCCCUUCCUUUUUUUGCGUGCGAAGUAGUACCACCUUCGGAGGCAUUGCCAACGGUUUAAACUCCGCAGAGAACCAAACGGAAAUGCAAAGUUUUAGUAUGUGAUUUUUGGUUCUGUUCAUCUUUUGCCUACAAAAAAAAAUUAUUAUUAUUAUUUUUUCUCCAGAAUCUGCAUGAAAAUCUUUUUUUUAGAUUUUUGGAUUUUUAAAUAUAUAUUUAAAUAUAUAUAUUUAAGAGGCUGUUAGCGCUUGAUGGAUGGGACCAGGAAAAAUCUACGAACAGCAGGGACUAGUAACUCGAAGAGCAGAAUAUGCCGAGAUAUAAGAAGAUUUAAGACUUAUUUUUUACAAAUAAUAAUAAUAAUAAGGACAAAAAAAGGAAACAGUCGUCACCAAAGAAGAAGGCAUUUUGUGCAUAGGAGUAAGCGUAUUCUGGCUUUGGCAAAAACUGUUAGCUAUCCCUUGAGGUCAUAUUGCUAUCCUGAAAUAUUCAAAAGUGAUGUAAUAUGGUGGCAAGAGCAAUAGUUGAAAUAAAAUCAUUUAAAUACAA